GGAACGUCACUUCCGCCCCGCGCCAAGAUGGCGGCGCCCAGGCCGUGCCACGCAGACUUCCGCCCGGCGCGGAGACCGAAGGCUGGCAGGGGAUCGUGUUGCAGGUGAAGUCGUGACGCGCAGUGUGGAGCAGCGGCCCGGGUGCGUCCCUGCCUGGUCCCUGGGCGGGGUUCCUGGAGAGGGCGUGUCGCGAGCCAAAGGCUCUCACCUGGGUGGUCCCGGGAGUCUCGCCACGUGGGAGGGGAGGAGCUGAGAGGCCACUGGAGGGACGCACCGACUGGGGGACCGGAAAGCAAGGGGGUGGGGUUCCGCCAGGGUCCGCGUGUCAGUCCCCUCUGGUGAUCUCGUCGUCCCUUUUCUCCCAGGCAACAUGUCGGAAGGAAACGCCGCCGGCGAGCCCAGCACUCCGGGAGGGCCCCGACCUCUCCUGACUGGGGCCCGGGGGCUCAUCGGGCGGCGGCCGGCACCCCCGCUCACCCCCGGCCGCCUUCCCUCCAUCCGUUCCAGGGACCUCACCCUCGGGGGAGUCAAGAAGAAAACCUUCACCCCAAAUAUCAUCAGUCGGAAGAUCAAGGAAGAGCCCAAGGAAGAAGUAACUGUCAAGAAGGAGAAGCGUGAAAGAGACAGAGACCGACAACGAGAGGGGCAUGGACGAGGACGAGGCCGCCCAGAAGUGAUCCAGUCUCACUCCAUCUUUGAGCAGGGCCCAGCCGAAAUGAUGAAGAAAAAAGGGAACUGGGAUAAGACAGUGGAUGUGUCAGACAUGGGACCUUCUCAUAUCAUCAACAUCAAAAAAGAGAAGAGAGAGACAGAUGAAGAAACUAAACAGAUCUUGCGUAUGCUGGAAAAGGACGAUUUCCUCGAUGACCCCGGCCUGAGGAACGACACUCGAAAUAUGCCUGUGCAGCUGCCGCUGGCUCACUCAGGAUGGCUUUUUAAGGAAGAAAAUGACGAACCAGAUGUUAAACCUUGGCUGCCUGGCCCCAAGGAAGAGGACAUGGAGGUGGACAUACCUGCUGUGAAAGUGAAAGAGGAGCCACGAGAUGAGGAGGAAGAGGCCAAGAUGAAGGCUCCUCCCAGAGCAGCCAGGAAGACCCCAGGCCUCCCGAAGGAUGUAUCUGUGGCAGAGCUGCUGAGGGAGCUGAGCCUCACCAAGGAGGAGGAACUGCUGUUUUUGCAGCUGCCAGACACCCUCCCUGGCCAGCCACCCACCCAGGACAUCAAGCCUAUCAAGACAGAGGUGCAGGGCGAGGACGGACAGGUGGUGCUCAUCAAGCAGGAGAAAGACCGAGAAGCCAAGCUGGCAGAGAAUGCUUGUACCCUGGCUGACCUGACAGAGGGUCAGGUUGGCAAGCUACUCAUCCGCAAGUCUGGAAGGGUGCAACUCCUCCUGGGCAAGGUGACUCUGGACGUGACCAUGGGAACUGCCUGCUCCUUCCUGCAGGAGCUGGUGUCCGUGGGCCUUGGAGACAGUAGGACAGGGGAGAUGACAGUCCUGGGACACGUGAAGCACAAACUUGUAUGUUCCCCCGAUUUUGAAUCCCUCUUGGAUCACAAACACCGGUAAAAUGAGCAGAUGGAGGAGGACGGCGCCUCUGCCCACGGCUGCUGCCUGCUCCAGACAUUUUGUUCUUGAAUCUGUGAGACCCAGAAGGGGCCCACUGAGCCCACUCACUCCAGCCUUUGGCAGCCAUUGUUCCAGGUCCCCCAGGGCUUCCUCCCACAGCAGCUGUGAAUGGCACAGUGACCUUCCUGCAGUGUGGAGAUGGCACAUCCUUGCUGCUGGGGACUUGGCCCUGCUAUUUAUUUUUGUAUUUAUGUCUUAAUCUCUUCCACUGAUGCAUUCUCCAAGGGUAGAUGGGGAGGGUCUGUGUGAAGGGGCUGGCUUCUCUUGGUGCCUGCUGGGUUGCAGGGGCAGGAAGCGUGUGGACUGCAGCUUCUGCUGGUGCUCCCUCCUUCCUCCCGGAGGCAGCAUAGGAGAGAGAGCAAGGAUUGAGUCUGAGACUUAAGCACUCGGUCCCAGCUUGCCAGUUCCUGGUUCUGUGUCCUUGGACAAACUGCCUAACCUUUCUGAGCCUCCUAUUCCUCAUCCGACACAAAUGGGGAUGAUACCUACCUCCAGGGUUGGCGUGAGGAUUCAUGGGCUAUUAUAGAUGAAAACUGCACAAGGCCAGAACCAGCAGGCACUCAAUAAACGUUCAUGUCCUUUUUCUCUA